AUGGAGUUUUUACUUUUUAUCAUUUCUUUUAUACGCCACACUGUCCGACUAAAUAUUAAUUUUUUUCCUCUUUUUUUCUUUUCAUUAUACUUUUCUUUUUCUCUAUCAUUUUGCAUUUCUUCAAUUUUCCAAUAUAGUCUCAUUCUUUCAAUUUUAGUUUAUUUUGCCAAAUCGUUUAUUUCUUUUCCUGUUUUCUCCCUAUUUUAUUUUAUUUUUCCCCCAUUUUUCUUUUUCGUUGCUUUUCUUCAAGUUUUCCAAUAUAGUCUCAUUCUUUUCCUCUUUCUUUAUUUUCACCAUUCCUUUCCUUUUUCUUUCUCGUUCUUCUUUUUAAUCCCUAAUAUAAUCUCCUAUUUUCCUCUUUCUUUUUCUUUUUUCUUUCUGUUUGUUUUCUUCACGUUUUCCAAUAUAGUCUCAUUCUAUCCAUUUUUCUUCAUUUUGUUUAUUAGUUACUUUUUCUUUUUUCUUUUUUCUCGUAACUUUAUUUCAAGUUUUCCAAUAGAUUUCUUUCUUUCCAUUUUCUUUUUUAUUUUGUCUAUUCGUCUCUUUUUUUCUUUUCAUUUUUCUUUUUUGUUGCUUUUCUUUAAGUUUUUGAAUAUAAUCUCAUUCUUUACCUCUUUCUUUAUUUUCAUCAUUCGUUUCUUUUCUUUUUAUCGUUACUUUUUUUCGGGCUUUCCAAUAUUGUCUCAUUUUUUACCUCUUUCUUUAUUUUGUUCAUUCUUUUUAUUUUUUUUUUUUUUUUUUUUUUUCGUUGCUUUUCUUCGUGUUUUCCAAUAUAGUCUCAUUCUCUUCCUGUUUUGCCAUUUUGUUUAUUCAUUUCUUUUUUCUUUUUUUCUUUCUCCUUGCUUUUCUUCAGGUUUUCCAAUAGUCUCAUUUUUCCCUCUUUCUUUAUUUUGUUUAUUCUUUUCUUUUUUCUUUUCAUUUUUCUUUCUCGUUGUUUUUCUUUAA